CCCCCUCUUUGGUGUCUGGAACAAUGGCUUUGGGAGUUCUCCCUCCAGCUGAGAAAAGUUCCCCCGGGGAGACUGAAUGUUUGGACAGCAGUUCCACGCAGGAAGUGGAGCCUCCACUCAGAAGUUAUCUUCUGUUAAGCAUGUUUAGCUGCUUGUGUCCUGCUUACCCGGUCAACAUCGUGGCCUUGGUCUUCUCUCUCAUGUCUAGGAGCAGCUACUACAACGGCGACUAUGACGGCUCUCUACGCCUGGGCAAGAACGCUCUCUACGUGGCCAUGGCCUCCAUCAUCAUCGGCCUCCUCAUCAUCGCCAUCAUCUGCGUCCUCCACUUUAUGCCCAUGUAUCACUGAGAGAAGAAGAGAAAUAUACGUUGGAACGAAACUUACGUUCGGGAUGAACUGAAUGGAUGACUCUCAAGUUUCCUCCAAUGGUCGUCUUCGCUGUGGACUUAACAGCAAGAGAAGCUGCGAUUAAUGUCAGCUUUAAGCUGUCAAACAGAACAAGAAGCAAGGAAUCAAUUCAAUUUUGCUCAUGAGGAGAAGGCAUGGCGCUGCACACUCAGUUACAGUCUCACUCUACGCUCUGAGGAACAGCCCUCGUGCUCCUCUAUUUAUGCACUUUGGGAGUUCCCUCGUUACAUCGCUGAGGCUUCUUCUAAAGGGAGAAAACAUCUGCGGCGAGGCCACUCCUCACAUGCCGUGGAAGAUAACAAGUUGUGUGCCUUUGCACAAAGCAGAAAAAGUACAGCUUGUGCACAGUAGAUAAAAACUAGAGCGACGGCCUUGAAGCGUAAGAGUUGUGUGAUAACUUAAACAGAAAUAUUCUAACUCUGGCUCAGAGUGAACUCACCUAAAGUCCAAGGUUCUCGCCCGGGAAAGGGUGGAGUGCCAUCUCCGGGUUGGGGAGGAGAUCUUGCCCCAAGUGGAGGAGUUCAAGUACCUCGGAGUGAGGGAAGAGUGGAUGGUGAGGUGGACAGGCGUCUUCAGUAAUCAAUCUGUGAAGAAGGAGCUGAGCCGGAAGGCAAAGUUCUCAAUUUACCGCUCGAUCUACGUUCCCAUCCUCACCUAUGGUCAUGAGUUUUGGGUUAUGACCGGAAGGACAAGAUCACGAGUACAAGCGGCCCGAAUGAGUUUCCUCCGCCGGUUGGUGGAACUAGGGUGAGAAGCUCUGUCAUCCGGGAAGAACUCAAAGUAAAGCCGCUGCUCCUCCACAUGGAGAGGAGCCAGAUGAGGUGGUUCGGGCAUCUGGUCAGGAUGCCAGAGCAAGUCCAACCAGCAGGAGGCCACGGGGAAGAUAUUAGAUAUUCCAAAGUCAACUUUAUUAGAAGAAAAGUGAAGAGUUCGGGAACAACAGCAACUCAGCCACAAUUCCAUGCUCCCAACCUUGUGGGAACAGUUUGGAGCGGGGCCCCAUCCUCUUCAAACAUGACUGUGCACCAUUGCACAAAGCUAGGUCCAUAAAGACAUGGAUGACAGAGUCUGGUGUGGAUGAGCUUGACUGGCCUGCACAGAGUCCUAGCCUGAACCCGAUAGAACAGCUUUGGGAUGAGUUAGAACAGAGACUGAGAGCCGGGACUUCUCCACCAACGUCAGUGUGUGACCUUGGAAGAAUGGUGCAACAUUGCUAUAAAGACACUCCGCGACCUUGUGGACAGCCCUUCCCAGAAGAGUUGAAGCUGUAAAACCUGCUAAAAGUGGAGACCACAUCACAUUGACCCCUAUGGGUUAGGAAUGGGAUGGCACUUCAAGUUUUAUGUGUCAUACUUGAUCAUUUUGCGAUAUUGCCAUAUUUUUGCUGAAAGGAUUUAGUAGAGAACAUCGACCAUAAAGUUUGCAACUUUUGGUCGCUGAUAAAAAAGCCUUGCCUGUACCGGAAGUAGCAGACGAUGACAUCACCGGUGUGAUGGCUCCUCACAUCUGAACAUUGUUUAUAAUGGGAGUCUGCAACAAAAAGUGCUAUUCAGACCGAGAAAACGACAAUUUCCCCAUUAAUUUGAGCGAGGAUGAAAGAUUCGUGGAUGAGGAAACUUAGAGUGAAGGACUAGGAAAAAAAAAAGGCGAUUGCAUUGGGAGCGAUUCAGAUGUUAUUAGACACAUUUACUAGGAUGAUUCUGGAAAAUCCCUUAUCUUUCUAUUGUGUUGCUAGUGUUUUAGUGAGUUUAAUAAAUUGGACGGCGGGCGCGGUGCGGGAGUGGCCGUGCGCAACCCGAGGGUCCCUGGUUCAAUCCCCACCUAGUACCAACCUCGCCACGUCCGUUGUGUCCUGAGCAAGACACUUCACCCUUGCUCCUGAUGGGUGCUGGUUAGCGCCUUGCAUGGCAGCUCCCUCCAUCAGUGUGUGAAUGGGUAAAUGCGCAAGUAGUGUCAAAGCGCUUUGAGUACCUUAAAGGUCGAAAAGCGCUAUACAAGUGCAACCCAUUUAUGUAUUUAUUUAUAAAUAGUACCUGAUAGUCGGAGGGGUGUGGCCACGGGUGUGUUGACGCCAAUGUCUGAGAGAAGUCAUGGCAGCUGCAUGGACGGCGCAAGGUCCGCUGAUCUCUGGUAAGAGGCGACUUUUUACCACAAUUUUCUCACCGAAACCUGCCGGUUGACAUGUAGUCGGGAUCCGUGUUCGCUUGACCGCUCUGAUCCAUAGUAAAGCGUCACCUCCGGGAAUUUUAAACAAGGAAACACCGUGUGUUUGUGUGGCUCAAGGCUAAAAGCUUCCCACCUACAUCUUUCUUCUUUGACGUCUCCAAUAUUCAUUGAACAAAUUGCAAAAUAUUCAGCAACACAGAAGUCCAGAAUACUGUGUAAUUAUGCGAUGAAAAGAGACGACUUUUAGCCGCUAGUGGUGCUGGCUAGCAUGUCCUCUACAGUCCAAGAUGUGUCAAACUUGCGUCAACAUUCCGCCACGUUUUCUACAACAAACUAAGCGGGAAAUUUAAAAUUGCAAUUUAGUAAACUAAAAAGGCCGUAGUGGCUUUCAGUAGGCCUUUAAGACCCUUCUUAAAACCCAUUUUUAUUCACUGGCUUUUAACCCAGCAUGUUUUUAACUUUUUUUCAACUGCUUUUUCUCUAACAAAUAGUUCUUAGGAUCAUUUGUAUUAUGUAUUUUACUUCUGUUUUAACAUUUUUUUUAGUCUGUCCUUUGCCUCUGUUUCUGUCCUUUGUUCUUCAACUGUGUUUGUUUUUAAAGGGCUUUAUAAAUAAAGUUGGUAUAGUCUGUUAA